UUCAUGCAUGGAGUUUGCAAGGAAGGAGACAACUGUCGCUACUCCCAUGACCUCUCCACUAGUCAGUCUGCCAUGGUGUGCAGGUAUUAUCAGCGAGGAUGCUGUGCUUACGGAGAUCAUUGCAGAUAUGAACAUACCAAGCCACUGAAAGAGGAAGAAGAGACUGAUGUGAAUCCAGAUGAAAUAAUUUAUCCCUCAGUAUCCUCAGACUUCGCAUCACUCCCUGAAACAGUUGAAGAAAUUAUUGCUGAGAUAGAAGAUGAAGAUGCAGAUCUGGCAGCUGCAGGAGUAGUUGCUGAAGACUGGGUGAAUGCUGUAGAGUUUAUCCCUGGGCAGCCAUACUGUGGGCGUGCUGCUCCUUCCUGCGCUGAAGCACCCUUGCAGGAAAUGGUGAUUGAGGAGGAAUACGAGAAGCAACAAGCAGACUUGGAGAUAAAGAAGGAGCUGUGCCCCUACGCUGCAGUAGGAGAGUGUCGUUACGGAGAAAACUGCGUGUAUAUCCACGGGGAUGUGUGUGAUAUGUGCGGGCUGCAGGUCUUGCAUCCAAUUGAUGCUGCACAGAGAUCUCAGCACAUAAGGUCUUGCAUUGAAGCUCAUGAGAAGGACAUGGAGCUUUCAUUUGCCGUCCAGCGUAGCAAAGACAUGGUGUGCGGGAUAUGCAUGGAGGUGGUGUAUGAAAAAGCUAAUCCUAGUGAGCGCCGCUUUGGGAUCCUCUCCAACUGCAGCCACACUUACUGCCUGAAGUGCAUCCGCAAGUGGAGGAGUGCUAAACAAUUUGAGAGCAAGAUUAUCAAGUGAGGCACUUUCCCAUUUUGAUCAUGCUUUGUUACUAUGGAAGAACUCAGUAACUUGUGACAACUUGCAGCAGGCUUCCCGAUGCAGACUGCACAAACUCUGCAUAUAAUGCUUACUAACUUUAGUUUGGAAGUGAAAUAACUGUUAGGGGUAGCAUUUACACUCUGAUUUGGUUAAUAUGGAUUAACUUUCCAAAACUCAUUUAAUAGUAGAAAAUAACUUUCAUUUAUUUAGUAGCAUGUUGUCCAGUGGUUACUGUUUACUUUUUGGACACUCAGACAGGAAUCUGAAAACAGAUUAACCAGUUCAGAAUGUAUGCUUCUUAAUUCAUUACCACCCUAGUUCAUUAAUCAGUUGACAGAACAUUUCUC